GUCUAUGGUCCAAUGCACCGAGUUCAUCAUUGACGUUUGAGCGGUGCGCUGUUUACUUAGAAUGAAUACUUUUUCAUUCAUCGAGUUCAUGCAAGUGUUCAUUUUUAGUAAACAGCGCCCGCCUCAAACGUCAAUGUGUUCAUCGGUGCGAAUAUUGAAUUCAAAUUUUGGGUUGAUUUAUUUGUCCGUGUACCGUGCCCGGUUCGAUUUUUUCUGUCCCCUCGUAAAUUUUUUCGUCCGGUUCACAAUUUACGAUCGCAAUGGAUGUUGUGAAGCCAGUGUUUAGUGAUAAACAUCAACAAGGUGACGGCGGCAGCAAUGGCCGAAGUGGAAACCUGAAUAACCUUCGAAGCUCUAAACAGCAGCAGCAGAGAGUAGUAAAUAAGCAAAACAGAAAUCAAAAUAAAAAUCUUGGCGGAAAUCAAAACCAGCAAAAGCGCGAUGGCACUCGAGGAAACCAUCGAAAUAUCGACGACGACAAGGACCAAGUUUUUAAGCGCCGCCGCAGUGGUCCCGGGGAGGAAUUUUUCAUUAACAAAAAGCUACGUAUGCUCCAAGGACCGCUGACUGACAUUUCUCCCAUUGAAACUGAGGAAAACAAAUUCUUCGGCCGUAAUCGUCUGUUCAUAGGCAAUCUUACCAACGAUGCUACAGAAGAUGAGCUUAUUGAACUGUUUAGACCGUUCGGUGACAUAAGUGAAAUCUUUAUGAAUAAAGACAAGAAUUACGCCUUUGUGCGCGUAGAUUAUUUCUCUAAUGCCGUGAAGGCCAAACGGGAGCUUGAAGGAACCUUGCACAAGAACCGCAUGCUUCGAUUGCGCUUUGCUCCAAGUGCUACUAUUAUUCGCGUUCGCAAUCUAACUCCAUGGGUCAGCGACGAGUUGCUGUUCAAGUCUUUUGAGGUGUUUGGCUCCGUAGAACGUGCUUUCGUGCAUGUUGAUGAGCGUGGAAAAUCAACUGGUAAAGGUAUCGUCGAAUUCAAGAACAAACCUGCAGCCUUGGUCGCUUUAAGGUAUUGCACGGAUAAAUGUUAUUUCUUGACGGCAUCCCUACGACCAGUCAUUGUUGAACCCUACACCUAUAAGGAUGACUCUGUUCCGGAGAAAUCCAUGAAUAAGAAACAUCCGGAUUUUUAUAAGGCCAGACAGAAAGGACCGCGCUUUGCGGAGUAUAGCUCCUUUGAGCAUGAGUACGGCCAGCGCUGGAAGCAGUUGUACGAAUUGUACAGGCAGAAAGCAGAAGCAUUGAAGCGCGAAAUGAUAAUGGAAGAGGAAAAAUUAGAAGCUCAGAUAGAAUUCGCCCGUUACGAGCACGAAACCGAGCAACUUCGAGAAGAAUUACGUAAGCGGGAGCGGAACCGUGACCGUCAGAAGGCCGACUUGAAAACAAAGAUACGGAUCGCUUCUGAAGAUAAACGACGUAAAGAUAUGCAGAUGAAACCAGAUGUCCAAACAGGGCACUGCACUGAUUAUGAUCUCCAGCGUAUUCGAAAGAAAAGCAACGUUUUUAUGCCGGUUUGUAAUUAAAAUAAAGUUAGCACGGCGACUUAUUUUUUUUAAUAGUUAGAUUUAAUAACAUUAUUGUUCUCACAACAGAAUCAGAAUUCAGCUUUCCGCGAGCGGUAACGGCCCCCAGCUUGCCUGUGGGCUAGUCUUUGUUUUGACGUUUUUGGAGAUCAACUGCACCCACCGUUCCGAGCAUUCUUAUCAAUGUGGUAUAUAAGAAGGCUUGAAUUCACUUCAUCAGCACCUUCUUAUAUGCUACAUGGGUCAGAAUACUUGGAAUAUAUACACAUGGGUCAGAAUAUACCGCUCGUGCGGUGGGUAAGGUUUGUUGAAUUGCUACGAUAUUUGUGCACUUGCAUCCUUUUGCUGGAGUUUUGGCCCACGCUCCCCUCACCAUAGAUGCAUAAAGUGAAAACAAUAGAAAACCGUAAAUGUAUUUAUUUUACAUCCAAUCGGUUACCAAUAAACAGCGGUUUUAUUGACGGGAAAUUGUAUCUUUUAUUUCUG